AUGGAGUUUCGUGCAAUGUUCGUCUUCUUUGCUCUCCUCAUUAUGUUUGGAACAGCUGAAAGUCAUGGGCAGAUUUAUUGCGGUCGUCACUUGGCUGAUGUCAUCGCAAGGCUUUGUGAGAUGAAAGGUCAGAACGUGAUGAAGAAGUCUCUGCCAGAGUACAACAGUAUCUCCGAAGAGAACGAAUGGCCCUGGUUCAGACAUUUUCGUUUGGACAGCGACCGUAUCAACAGGUACAAGAGAUUGGUUGGCGUAGCGUCGGAGUGCUGUGAUAAACCCUGCAGUGAAGAAGUACUAUUAUCGUACUGUACCUUAAUGUAA